AAAAGAUGUGGUCCUUUCAUCUUUAUAUAUAUAUUAAAUAGUGAGAGCUUCCAUAGACUAUACAUAAAACUUUUAAAGCAAAAGAAAUCGAUUAAGAAGAGAGAAAUGGAGAACAAGUACUCGAGUGUUGUGAUGAUUUUGGUUUUGGUGGUGAUGGCUGCCAUUGGAGGAGAAGCAUCAGAUCUUUCAUGUGAACAGAAAUGUAGAUCAGCAUGCGCUGGCGGCAAGGGUUUCGUACACCUUCCGGAGUGCUACAUUGACUGUGUACGAAAAUGCAAGGACAUUCCACCUACGAUUGAGACUUCGAGGGAUGGAAGAAUGAAAGCAUAGAGAUAGUUUCGGAAAUUUUCAUGAUGGAAUUUUCAUUUCCUUUGCUUUCUAUAUGUUUAAGAAAAUAUAUAAUAAGAUGAAUAAAACAAAUUUCUCAUAUUUAUGUGAAAAAUGGGAUGAACAAGUAUUGGAGAAUAUAUAAUGGUUCUGAAGCAUGUAAUAUCGUUCUUUUAAUUAUUUUUUUCUCAAAAAAC